AUGGAUAGUAAGGGACAGGAUAUUACCCAGGACACUGAAGUAUCCAGUGAUAUCAUUCACACCACUGGCGAGAAGCCAAGGUAUGAUUUCAUGAUCAAGGAAAAUGCCCUGUCGGGGCAACAGAUGGGACAACUGAAUGGGCAACAAGCCAUGGAUCAGUCAAGAUGUGAGAUUGAAAAAGGGCAUUUAAUGGAUCAGUAUCAUAAGGAAAUGAAUGAGGUAAAAGGGCGUGUUAAGGUUAAGAUGACUGAAUAUAUUAGGGAGAUUAGUGACCUAGAAAAUGAAAGGCAGAUUCUUUUAAAAGAAUUAGGGCGUGCUCACAGUAAACUUCAGGAAGUAUAUGGAAAGCUGAAACAAGUUGGAGAAACUGGAGAUUCUUCAUAUUCAAAAGAGAUGAUCAAAGGUUAUAGAGAUGCUAUGAAGAGAAUGGAUGUCCAUUAUAGAAAGCAGAUCACUUCAGCUACCAAUGUCAUUAAGCAGUACCGAGAAAAGUUUGAAGGGUUGAAGAUGAUAAUUAAAGUGAAGGAUCAUAUAAUCGAGCAAUUCUCCAGUAAGCUUGAUCUGUUAACUCCAUUUUGUGAUCCUCCUCAAAACACCCGAGACAUGAAAGAGUCAGAGAUGGAGAAAAAUUAUGAGACUUUAAAAAGACGCCAUCAUCUUCUCUUGAGAGCCUAUGAAGUUCUUGCAGACAAGUUCGAAAGCACCAAUCGAAGCAUGUCUAAAUAUAGAGAGCUAUGCACUAAGGAUAAAGGGGACGUUCUAAAGGUUCUUCAAAAUUGCAUCAUUUCCAAAGAUAAUCAGUUGGAACUUGUUCAAGCAGAAAUUGAUUUAUUGAGAAGGGAAUGUCUUGCAAAGGAUGAGAUUAUUGGCACUUUUUUGAAAAGGAAACUUGAAGAGGAAGAAGAUCCAUUAAAGGUAGACUUCUCAAAGAAGGUGAAAGUCAUUGCAUACAAUGUGGGACACAUGGUAGCUAGAUGA